AUGCGAGGGACGCCACGGGAGGGCGACGAAACGGGGAGGGGCGACGGGGAGCAGGGGCGACGGGGGGGCAGCAGGUCGCGCUGGCGCACAUCGCUGGCGCCUGGCGCUGGCGUACGCGUCGGCGUUGGGCGCUGGCGGCCGCGGUCGGCGCUGGCGUCGGCGCUGGCGGCCGCGUUUGGCGCUGGCGUCGGCGCUGGCAGCCGUGUUCGGCGCUGGCAUCGGCGCUUGCUGCCGCGUUCGGCGCUGGCGUUGGCGCUGGCGGGCGAGUUCGGCGCUGGCGGCCGCGUUCGGCGCUGCGCGAUCCGCAACGCCCGUGAACCAGCCGUCAACGUUCAUGCCCCAUUCACUAGAAGCUUCAAGACGGACGCUCUUCUCCGUUUUGCUCCGCCUCACUUAUCCUCAUGCGCUCUCCAACCCAUCGCCGCCUCCUACGCCGUUUCCCACGCCGUUUCCCCCGCCGUCUCCCUCCCGUUCCCUCCCCCUCGUCACUACCAGUGGAGUUUACGACCACUCGUCUCGGAAAUCGUGGAGACCACCGACUUGUCGAAUCUCAAGAUAUUUCCCUCGAAUAUCUCAGGAACAUACAAAGGCACAUGGGAGGUCGCGCGGAACUCCUCGUCGUCGCGAUUCCCGGACCUACAGAAGAAUUCUGGAAAUAUUAUUUUCCAAUUAAAGACCAGCAGCACGGCUCGUCCCGAGGUUCACUAUGUCCAUGGAGAGGUUGUGUUGCGGGACGGAAUGUACAUUAGCGACGGUGACGUGCAUAUGAAGCUCGAAGGGGUCUACCUCCGCCCCUUCGGCCACCUUAGAAUGGUUCUCAGCAGCUCGGCGGGAGCGGACUCCACAGAAGUGGACGAAGAGAGCGCCGCCAACGGCUACCAGCUGGAGCUGCACGACUCCAGUAAACGAGGCCAGGGGUCACCAGAUCACACAGCGGUGGUGGAGAUGGCACGGAACUGCAAGAUCAGGAUGAUCACGCACGUCUCGCCCGCCGUGUGGGAGUGGCGAAACGGCGUGCAGGAGCACGUGCCGACGUACCUCUCCCCUUCUUCCCAUGCCCCUUCUUCCCAUGCCCCUUCUUCCCAUGCCCCUUAUUCUCGUGCCCCUUAUUCUCAUGCCCCUGCUCUGCUGUUCCUGCUGUGCUGUUCUUUCUGUUUCUAUCCAUCACCAUUCUAUUCUCCUCUCUCAUCCGUCGCCACUCCUCUCCCUUCCAUCCGCACCCCUCUCUCUUCUAUCCUCACCCCUCUCACGCAUCCCCCCCUCCCUCCCCCUUUCUGCCUCCUCUUACCCCUCCCUCCUCCCCUCCCCGCCCUUUCUCCCCCAUCGCCACAGGGAGCAGCCAAGGUAUCAAUGCUGAUGGUGGGGCAGCAGGCCAUCAUGGACGCAAGGGAGAAGCAUGAAGGAGCAGCCAAGGGAGCAGCCAAGGUAUCAAUGCUGAUGGUGGGGCAGCAGGCCAUCAUGGAUGCGUACCUCUGCCUGCUGCACCUCACAGCCGGCAUUGUGGUUGGAGCGGAGUCGCUAUUCAACGCCUUUGCAACAGCAGCAUUCUUCAAGUUUGUCAUCUUCUCCAUCUUCGAGAUGCGCUACCUGCUCGCCAUCUGGAAGGCCCGCCGCCCCGCGCAGUCAUCUGAGAGCUGGGACCUCAUGCGGCGCGAGUUAUCGAUCCUCUACUCGCGAUUCUGUGAGUGCUUGAUCGACGGGAAGGAAGGAAGACGGCUUUCUUCUAGGGGGAAUUCUCCUCAUCUACCGCUUCAGCACAGCCCUGCGCUACCUGCUGCUGCUCUUCUACUCCUUCUGGAUCCCCCAGAUAGUCACAUCCGUUAUAUAAGGGACUCGCGCAAGCCCCUCCACGUGCACUACAUCCUGGGCAUGUCCGCCACCCGCCUCGCCAUCCCGCUCUACAUUUUCGGCUGCCCGAAAAACUUUAUGCGCGUGGAGCCGAGCCCUGCGUGGUGCGCUGCCCUGAUUGCGUUCAUGGGGGCGCAGGUGGUGGCGCUGCUGCUGCAGCACUACCUGGGACCGCGGUGGUUCAUCCCGAAACAGUUCCUCCCUGAGAAGUAUUCAUACUUCCGCCGCGUGUCGUGCCUCAUGCGGCAGAGCAGCGACGCGGAUGACAGCGGGCCGGCAGACUGCGUCAUCUGCAUGACGCCCGUGCCCAUCACCUCCCACUCCAUGGAUCGCAUGGUCACCCCCUGUGACCACAUGUUUCACACGGCAUGCCUGCAGCGGUGGAUGGACAUCAAGAUGGAAUGCCCCACCUGCCGCCGCUGCCUCCCCCCCGUCUGA